CAUUGGCGCGGAGCGCGCGGACCGGCGCCGGGGCCUGGGCUCCACCUGGAGGCAGCCUCCCUGGGCCCUGCCUGAUCAGGCCUGCCUGCGUGCCAGGACAUGUCUGGCCCCCGAGGACAGUUGGUGGGUGAUGGCUGCAGUGGUGGAGGGGCUGGAGCCCGAGGCAGCUGCUGCAGAAGACGCAGCCAGAGAUGCUGUGCAGGCGGUGGAGGCCGGGCCCGGGGCGCCUCCUCUCCUGGUCGGGGGCAACCGGCUGAGCUUCGACCUGCACCCUGGGGGCUGCCACCGGCUGCUGCACCUGUGUGCCCAGCAGCUCCCUCAGCUGCUCCAGGUGGAGUUCUUGCGGCUGAGCACCCACGAGGACCCUCAGCUGCUGGAGGCCACCCUGGCCCGGCUGCCUUGGUGCCUGCCCCGCCUCCGCUCCCUGGUCCUCAAAGGAGGGCAGUGCCGGGACACGCUGGGAGCCUGCCUCCGGGGCGCCCUGACCACCCUGCCCGCUGGCCUGAGCGGCCUGGCCCGCCUGGCCCACCUGGACCUGAGCUUCAACAGCCUGGAGAAGCUGCCGGGGUGUGUCCUGCAGAUGCGUGGCCUGGACGCUCUCCUGCUUUCUCACAACCGCCUCUCCGAGCUGCCGGAGGCUCUGGGGGCCCUCCCUGCCCUCACCUUCCUCACCGUGACACACAACUGCCUGCAAACGCUGCCCACAGCUCUGGGGGCCCUGUCCACCCUACAGCGCCUCGAUCUCUCUAAGAACCUUCUAGACACUCUACCCCCGGAGAUUGGAGGCCUGAGCAGCCUCAGUGAGCUCAAUCUGGCCUCCAACCGGCUGCAGAGCCUCCCAGCCUCUCUUGCGGGGCUGCGGUCCUUGCGGCUCCUUGUCCUGCACAGCAACCUCCUGGCCUCGGUGCCCGCCGGCCUGGCCCACCUCCCGCUGCUCUCCCGGCUUGACCUGAGGGACAACCAGCUCCGGGACGUGCCCCCUGAGCUACUAGACGCCCCCUUUGUGCGGCUGCAGGGGAACCCCCUGGGCGAGGCCUUGUCAGACCCUCCGAGUCCCACAGGGACACCCCCAGUUCUGGAAAUGCCCAGGCUGUUCCUGACCUCAGAUUUGGACAGCUUCCCUGUGACCCCCCGAGGCUGCUCUGUGACCCUGGCCUGUGGCGCCCGCCUGCAGUUCCCGGCAGGGGCCACCGCUACCCCCAUCACCAUCCGUUACCGGCUGUUGCUGCCAGAGCCAGGCCUCGUCCCCCUGGGUCCUCAUGACGCCCUGCUCAGCGGUGUCCUGGAGCUGCAGCCCCACGGUGUGGCCUUCCAGCAGGACGUGGGCCUGUGGCUGUUGUUUGUGCCCCCGCGGGCCCGGCGUUUUCGUGAGGUGGUGGUCAGGACCCGCACUGACAACAGCUGGGGUGACCUGGAGACCCACCUGGAGGAAGAGGAACCCACGCACCCGUUCCAGCGGCUCUGGGCUCACUGCCAAGUGCCCCACUUCUCCUGGUUCCUUGUGGUUUCUCGCCCUGUGUCCAAUGCCUGUCUGGUGACACCAGAGGGGACACUGCUGUGUUCCUCCGGGCAUCCUGGGGUCAAGGUCACCUUCCCCCCUGGGGCCACUGAGGAGCCUCGUCGAGUCUCCAUGCAGGUGGUGCACAUGGCCGGCCGGGAGCUGCGCGCUCUCCUGGGGGAGCCAGAGGCCGCGGUGAGCCCCCUGCUGUGCCUCUCACAGAGCGGCCCCCCUGGCUUCCUCCGCCCAGUCACUGUGCAGCUGCCUCUGCCCUCUGGCAUCACAGGCCUCAGUCUGGACCGCUCCUGCCUGCACCUGUUGUACUGGGCCCCUCCUGCAGCCACCUGGGAUGACAUCACAGCUCAAGUGGUGCUGGAGCUCACCCACCUGUACGCUCGCUUCCAGGUCACCCACUUCUCCUGGUACUGGCUGUGGUACACCACCAAGACCUGCGUGGGGGGCCUGGCGCGGAAGGCCUGGGAGCGGCUGCGACUGCACCGCGUGAACCUCAUCGCCCUGCAGCGGCGGCGGGACCCUGAGCAAGUCCUGCUGCAGUGCCUGCCCCGAAACAAGGUGGAUGGCACCCUUCGGCGGCUGCUGGAGAGGUACCAAGGCCCGGAGCCCUCUGACACCGUGGAGAUGUUUGAGGGUGAGAAGUUCUUUGCGGCCUUCGAGCGGGGCAUCGACGUGGACGCUGAUCGCCCCGACUGCGUGGACGGCAGAGUCUGCUUUGUCUUCUACUCACACCUAAAGAAUGUGAAGGAGGUUUAUGUGACCACCACUCUGGACCGGGAGGCUCAGGCUGUGCGGGGCCAGGUGUCCUUCUACCGGGGCACGGUGCCUGAGCAGGUGCCCGAGGAGGCGGAGGCUGCCCGGCGGAGGAAGGGCACUGAUGCCCUGUGGAUGGCCACUCUGCCCAUCAAGUUGCCGAGGCUACGGGGCUCUGAGGGGCAAGGGCGGGGAGCCAACCUCUCCCUGGCACCUCUGAACCUGGGCGAUGCUGAGACCGGCUUCCUGACCCAGAGCAACCUGCUGAGCGUGGCUGGGCGCCUGGGUCCUGACUGGCCGGCCGUGGCCCUACACCUGGGCAUGCCCUACCGUGAGCUGCAGCGCAUCCGGCAUGAGUUCCGGGACGACCUGGACGGGCAGAUACGCCAUAUGCUCUUCUCCUGGGCUGAGCGCCAGGCUGGGCAGCCAGGGGCCGUGGGGCUCCUGGUGCAGGCCCUGGAGCAGAGUGACCGGCAGGACGUGGCUGAAGAGGUUCAGGCGGUCUUGGAGCUCGGCCGCCGCAAGUACCAGGACGGCAUCCGGCGCACAGGCCUGGCUCCCGAGGACCCUGCUGUACCCCCCGGCCCGUCAGCCUCACAGUCCCAAGAGCCUGCCCAGGCCUAGGCCCCACCGACUUUGGGCUGGCCCCUGACGUGCCCCGGCCGAUGGCCAGGACCCCCCACUUUCAAGCCUCUC